CCAUCGCAGCCCUCAUUAAUCAACCAGCCUCAGCAAAUAUGGAUAUAAUAUCCACCGUUUCGAGCUAUGUCGGGAAGAUGGUGUCGUCAGCAGGCGCCGGAGGCUCUUCUGGGAAAAUGAAGAUUCUCCUCCUCGACAGUGAAACCGUGUCCAUAAUAUCUACGGCUGUCACACAGUCCACCUUGCUCAGCCAUGAAAUUUACCUGAUAGACCGGUUAGACAAUGCUGAUCGGGAGAAGAUGCGACAUCUUCGGUGUCUUUGCUUUGUACGGCCGACUUCGGAUGCGAUACAGCUCUUAAUCGAUGAGCUCCGGGACCCAAAGUAUGGGGAAUAUCACAUAUACUUCAGCAACAUUGUCAAGAAGUCAUCACUGGAACGCCUCGCAGAAGCUGACGACCAUGAAGUGGUCCGCGUGGUCCACGAGUACUUUGCCGACUUUCUGGUUAUUAAUCCCGAUCUAUUCUCCCUAGGCUUCGGCGGUGCUCAACGGCGUAUAUGGUCUACAUCGCCGGAUAUAUGGAACGGGGACGGACUAGUGCGUUCUGCAGAGGGGGUUCUCGCGAUAUUACUAAGCUUGAAGAAGAGACCGCUCGUACGGUAUGAAAAGAACAGUGCAUUGGCGAAAAAAUUAGCGUCGGAGAUCAAGUAUCAGAUUGCACAGGAGGACCAACUUUUUGACUUUGGGAGAAGGGCGGAUACACCACCGAUUCUGUUAAUCCUUGAUCGCAGGAAUGACCUGAUUACACCCUUGCUAUCGCAAUGGACGUAUCAGGCCAUGGUUCACGAAUUGUUGGGGAUACAUAAUGGACGGGUGGACUUGUCCGGGGUGCCGGAUGUUAGGCCUGAGCUAAAAGAAAUCGUGCUUUCGCAAGAUCAGGAUCCGUUUUUCAAGAAGAAUAUGUAUCUCAAUUUCGGUGACCUCGGUGGGAACAUCAAGGAUUAUGUGGAUACAUAUCAACAUAAGACUAAAUCAAACAUGAAUAUCGAGAGUAUUGCGGAUAUGAAGAGGUUUGUUGAGGAGUACCCUGAGUUCCGGAGGCUUUCCGGGAAUGUCACGAAGCAUGUCACACUUGUUGGGGAGCUUAGUAGGAGGGUCGAAAAGGACAGCCUACUAGAGGUUAGUGAGCUCGAGCAGAGUCUUGCUUGCAACGACUCGCAUGGAGCUGAUUUAAAGUCUCUCCAACGUCUCCUGCAAUCGAACAUUCCCAGCGAAAACAAGGUCCGGUUAGUAGCACUCUACAGUUUGCGUUAUGAGAAGCACCCCAACAACGCCUUGGCAGUCCUUCUGGAUCUACUUCAAGUUAAUGGAGUCCCACACUCCCGGCUCAAUACAAUCUCCAACCUACUGCACUAUCAAUCCACUGUAAAACGCCAAGAAGAUCUCUUCGAAACGGAUAGUAUCUUCUCUCGAGCACGCAGCGGCUUUAAAGGUCUUAAAGGUGUAGAAAAUGUCUACACCCAGCACACCCCACGUCUAGAGCAGACCCUCAACAACUUGAUCAAGGGCCGUCUAAAAGAGGCCACCCAUCCGUUCGUGGAAGGUGGUGGAACAACAAGGGAUAAGCCCCAAGAUAUCGUUAUCUUCAUGGCUGGAGGUACAACAUAUGAGGAAGCGAAGUUGGUUGCGCAAAUUAACGCUUCAACGCCGGGAGUUAGAGUUGUACUUGGCGGGUCUAGCUUGUUGAACAGUAAGGGUUUUAUGGAUGAAAUUGACGGGUUGGUUCCAACCUGGCCAGCGCCAGAGCCGAGGAGUGCUGCGGCAAGAUUGAGGAGAGAGCUUGGAAGGUAGCGUGGUAUAAUGGCCUUUUCAGACCCUUUUUAGUAUACUCGUGUUUUAUGUUCUUAGGCGUGGCGUUAAUGGUUUAAGAUGUUUUCUACAACUAUGAGAUGUGUGGGUUAGUACUGCGCACUGCGCUUCCACCCAGGAUGCUUGUGGGAGAUUCCCUGGAGCGGGGGCUGGCGGUUUUACCUUUCAGCUAUCAUAAUAUUAUUAUAGAAGUGUAA